AGAAAAUUUUUCAAGAUGAAGUAUUCAUUCCUUUUUCCUACCCGCCAUAUUCUUCUCUUUCAGAUUGAUGUUCAGCUACAUAUUUUGUCAUUUCUCUCACCCCAUGACCUGUGUCAAUUGGGAAGUACAAAUCAUUAUUGGAAUGAAACUGUAAGAGAUCCAAUUCUGUGGAGAUAUUUUCUGUUGCGGGAUCUUCCUUCUUGGUCUUCUGUUGACUGGAAGUCUCUUCCAGAUCUAGAGAUCUUAAAAAAACCUGUAUCUGAAGUCACUGAUAGUACAUGUUUUGACUACAUGGCAGUCUAUAAAAUGUGCUGUCCAUAUACAAGAAGAGCCUUGAAAUCCAGCCGACCUGUGUAUGGCGCCGUCACUUCUUUUCUACACUCGCUGAUCAUUCAUAAUGAACCACGAUUUGCUAUGUUUGGACCAGGUCUGGAAGAACUGAAUACAUCUUUGGUGUUGAGCUUGAUGUCAUCCAAGGAACUUUGCCCAACGGCUGGUUUGCCUCAGAGGCAGAUUGAUGGUAUUGGGUCAGGAGUCAGUUUUCAUUUGAACAACCAACAUAAGUUCAACAUCCUGGUAUUAUAUUCGACUACCAGAAAGGAAAGAGAUAGAGCAAGGGAAGAGCAGACAAGUACAGUUAACAAGAUGUUCAGUCUACAGAAUGAAGGAAAUGACCAACAAGGAAGUUGUUAUAGUGUGAUUCCACAAAUUCAGAAGGUGUGUGAAGUUGUAGAUGGGUUCAUCUAUGUUGCCAAUGCUGAAGCUCAAAAAAGACAUGAGUGGGAAGAUGAAUUUUCUCGUAUUAUGGCAAUGACAGAUCCAGCUUUCGGAUCUUCAGGACGACCAAUGCUUGUUUUAUCUUGUAUUUCUCAAGCACAUGUAAAGAGAAUGCCCUGUUUUUAUUUGGCCCAUGAACUGCAUCUGAAUCUUCUAAACCACCCAUGGAUGGUCCAGGAUACAGUGGCUGAAACUCUUACUGGUUUUUUGAAUGGCAUUGAGUGGAUUCUUGAAGAGGUAGAAUCUAAGCAUGCAAGAUGAUCCUCCUUUUGGACCUUGGUAACUAAAACCAUUUGAGUUUAGUCCUAAGGUCAUGAUGUGGGUAUUUGCUCAUUAAACCCACUUUGUCAUGAUGGUGGACUUUAUAUUGAACAGCUAUGGCUGCUAUACUUUUUUAUAUUUAUAUUUCAUCCUUAAAAUCAACUACAGGAACAGAGUUUCAAUCCUAUUAUUUAGCUCCAAAAUGAACCUUUUACUUUUUUUGAUAAUUUUUAUAUUUUCUGUCUUUUUAAAAAUAUUAAAUUCUGGGGAAAAAUGUUGGUCUUUUUCUCAUUAUUUAUGGUUUCUAUUUUUUUUGGUAAAAAGGUUGCCUGACUAGGAAACAACAAUUUACUGAGCUUUCCAUUAGUUGUUUUCAAAGGUUCAUAAUUAGUUAUCAGAAAAGGAGAUUUUUGUUUAUUCUUAAUAAAUACACUGCUUAAAGACUGAAAAGUUCACUGGAAUCACAUUUACUAUCCUGGCAUAACCUGUCUUAUUCUAAAACAGUAGGAAACAAGCUUGUAUAUUAUACUAUUUCAGUGGAAACUUACUUUUUUCUGUCAGAUCUUGAUAUUAUCAAACAACUUUGGAAACUUGUAAGGUACUAAAGCCAAAUCCUAUUUUAUACUGAGAAAACGUUACAGACACUUACAUAUACCAUAUUACCUCUCUCUUCUCAUUACUUGCACUUUGCAGAGGAAACACCCAAGUGUCUCAUUGGAUCUGAGAAAUUUUAAGAUUAUCAUUAAAAGAGCAUCAAUAUCUAUAUGCAGUUAUUGAGUCGUUGGAAAAGUCGUGACACAUUUUUGCAUAGAAAAGCAGAAAAAUAUGUCAUGACUUUACCAGUGACCUAAUAAGGUCUGUACUUAAAUGUAUUUCUGUUUUGAACAAAAAUGUGAAACAUAUUAUAUAUAUAGUUAUAUUUAGUCUCUUUUAGGUGAAUGCCACUGCCAUUCUGAUCUUUCAUCAAGGACGCAGAAUUUUGCCUAAUUAGUGAAUUAAGAGACUUUUGAGGGAAACCUAUGAACAUACAGUUUCACAUUUGCUAGAAUAUUUACUUAGAGUCUUAUGGUUUUACUAUGAUAAGUCAUUGUUUCUAAUAAUAAUUAAUCUGAUAUUAUGAUGGAACAGUGGUUUAAUUCACUGAAUACCUAAUGAAAACAGCACAACGCUUUCACAAAUCAGCUCCUUUUUUAAACAACAUUUUUAUGCUAUAGUUAAGGAUUAUCUCUGAAUCAUGAAGUAAGUAAUGAAAUAUUUUAGUAUCAAAUCCUCUGUCUUUAUGUUAUUUCUUUUCUUAUAGUACAUUUCCGUUUUUAUAAUCUGGAUUUUUGCUGAAGUAAGAUAAAUUUGUUUUCCUGGUUUUUAACUGAAUUACCUACUGAGUCCCAAUCAAAUCUUUUUUUCUUCUAUAUAUACUGUAAAAUUUGAAUCUCUUUUAUAUUCAUUUUAAGUGGUCUGUUCCCAAUCCCAAUAAUCUUUGGAUAGCACUUACUGCAUGUCUUACAGUUCUUUCCUCCUUGAACUAUUCGUAGCAUGAAAUAUAUUGUACCAUAUCUUAUUCAUGCUGUCUUUGACAAGUACAUACGCCCUUUCCAUUUUAGGUGUUUUUAUGUUUCUCAUUCUGAAGAAUAAAGAGGAUUUGAAGAACUAUCCAUUGUAAGGAUGCUAUAAAAUUUACAAAAUCUGGGGCCAGCAGAUGUCAUAAUGU